AUGUCCUCCCGCCUCGCAUCAGCUGUGCGCUCCGUCCGCCAGUUCAGCACAACCUUUAGCCGGCGCGCAGAGGCCGUCGCGCCCACGGCGCCUCCACCGGCCCGUGCGCGUGGACGAUGGGGUCUUGGUGUCGCCGUGGCCCUAGCUGUCCCCGUCGCAUACGUCGCUGGCGCAGUCAACCCCCCAACUAUCGCACUCAUGUUCUCGCCACGGUACUCUCCCCCUCCUCCAGACCGCGAGAGCAAGAUCGGCAAGGAGAUUACGGCCGAGGUCGAGCGCGAGUUGCAAGAACUUGCGCUGGUUGCAGAGAUGCGCACCCUUAGCGAGUGGUAUGAGAGCCGCCCAUACGAGAAGUACGACCCGAACAAGGUGCACAACUCCCUGACCGCCGGCUCGCUCCGUGGACCAGGCAAGCUCGCGGUUCCCCCCAUCGCCUUUGCCAAGGAGAACGAGACGGAGGGCGUAAUUGUCGCCCACCUUGGCCGCUCCCUCUGCGGCCACGACGGCAUCAUCCACGGUGGUCUCCUCGCAACCGUAUUUGACGAGACUCUGGCCCGCAACGCACUCAUGAACAUCCCAACCCACAUUGGCGUGACGGCAAACCUCAACAUCAACUACCGGAGCCCGUGCAUGGCCGACCAAUUUGUUGUCGUCCGCACAAAGCUCGAGCAGAAGAAGGGUCGCAAGGUCGUGGUCAGCGGGACGAUGGACACGCUCGAUGGAGAGCGAAUCGCAGACGCAACCGCCAUCUUCGUCGAGCCAAAGUGGGCUCAGUUCCUCCAGAGCUCGGGAGUGACUGAUACGCUCGGGGCACCGACUCAGCCCGAGGGUGAGAUGGAGAUGGAGCCGCGCGAGCUGUAG